AUGGAUUCACCGCGCAAAGCAUGGGGCGCCGCUCAAUUCCACCACUUCCCGAAGCUGCCACCUGAGAUACGGAUCAUGAUCUGGGAGCUCACCAUUCCGCAAAACCGACUGCUGUAUCUAGAUGAUUACUCCUCAUCGGGCUGCUCUCACAUUGUAGCACACGUCUGCAGUGAGUCUCGUGCAAUUGCUCAUCUGCACGGCGGUUGGCAUCACUCAAACAGAGUACGGACUCAGGCAAUCUGGUUUGAUGCAGAACGCGACAGCGCUUUCUUACGAUGGCACCCGAGGGUCAUGUUCCCAUCCAUCUGGAAGGCUUUGCGAACCUUGACAGUCACGGCCAUCGAAAGAGAAAUGAGUAUUGAAUCAUCUCUGUAUUCCAUCUUGAGGGGGAUAGCCUCACGACCCGACUUAUGGCAGAACCUGAACACCGUCAACGUGCUUCCCCGCCUCCGUUUCGGCCAUAACUACCUAAACAUCCGUCGACCGAAGCACUUUUACGGGUUUCAGGGCAAGGCGGUAUUUCUAUUCGACCGUGACGAGGUUUUCCAUGCUGCUGAACAAAUGGCUCAAAGCUGCUCCGACGAAUGCUUCAUCGGCAAUGCCAUGCAACAUUACCACUGGACAGCCAAGGAGAGAAAAGAACUCUGGUGGCGUGGACUUGUCCCCAAGGCGCAGCGCAUAUGGCUAUCAACUCGAUUCGAGUCGCUUUAG